AAUAUUGAAUCAAUAUGUCAUAAAUGUGUAAAUUACGAUAAUCACAAUCAAAUUAUUAAUGAAUACAAAACAGGAAAUAUCUCAACUUGUUAUUAUCCUGAAACUAAAAAUGUUUUUGAUGGACUCUUUAACAUCAUUUGGGAUGAAUAUCUUGUAAAAUACAAUCUUAUGAAAUCACCAAUCUACAUUAACGGAAUCAAUAAUUAUGAAAAUGAUCAAAAAAAUAUCUUAGAUUAUUGUGAGGGAGGAAAAUACGAAAAAAUAAUCAAUGAUAAUGAAAUACUCAAACAAAAUAAUCUUGAAUUACAUACAUUACGAAAAAAUAUAU